UUCCAUUAUUUCAAUAAUUUACUCUUAUUUGUAUCUUAAAACGUCUUAUGAAUGUAGUUUUUUCAAUACCGUUUAUAUUAAUCGUAUUUCGCAUUUGUAGAUAAAGACAUACAUUCAUUCUGGAUUCCCAAAAGAGGACUUAUUUAGACAUCUACAAGAUGGAUUUGGCGGAGACAAUGAAAAGUGUUCUGGCGAAAAGUACGGGAAAUGCCAGCGGUGCAUCAAGCAGCUCAAGCGCAGCUGCACCGCAUAGUGCUGAAGGAUAUGUGACAGAGAAACUUUAUAUGCUGCUGCAAUUAUACUUGCAAAACAAAGGCUGGAGUCCUAGCAUUGAACUUUUGCAGUGCUUUAGUGAUUUAAAAGAAUCAUCUAUGCUUCCUAGUGCUGCCUAUUUACAAAUGAUGGCUUCAAGAGUGGGCUUAGAUGCUCAAGGUAGACUUAUUUACCGUGAAAAUGGAAAAAUUAUUCUUCCAUAUGAACAUUUUGCUAAUGCAGUAAUGUUAAAACAUAUGAAUGGCCCCCAUGGACUACAUCUUGGGUUGGAAGCUACUGUCCGAGCCGUUGUAGAGUCAUAUACUAUCGGACGUGAUCAAUUUGGCAUGGAGAAAGAGUUUAUAGUUGAAGUUGUUCAAAAUUGUCCAAAUCCAGCUUGUCGCUACUACAAAAAUCAAUUAGAGAUGACACAAAAAUCUAUUCAGCAACAUUUGUCACAACAACCAACAUAUAUCCCAGAGGCGGGCAGCACAGCUCUACCUGAUAGCGCAGCAGUAGAACGGCUACUGCGUGGAGCUGCACUACCUCAAGAUUAUCAGCUGCCUAUCGCGCCACAUAUUGCCGCACUUUCCAAUUUAGCUGGUGAAAAGUCAGAACGACGUGCAGAGAAAAUGUCUCAGCAGAUGUUAUUGCAGCAGAAUAGAUCACUGGGCCACCAGUCCUCCAUCGAUAAGUACUCCCAUCAGCAACGGUCCAGCGCCUCACACUCCAGCCUCGAAACUAAGUCUAAACAUCACUACUCUGAUGAACACAAGCUUACCGACUUCUUGAGGGCCAACCUCGAGAGCCUGGAGUCGCUGUCGGGCGGCGGCGCGGCGGGCGGCGCGGCGGGCGGCGCGCACGGCGAGCGCGCGGCGGCGGCGGGCGCGGGCGGCGCGGCGGGCGGCCAGGAGCGCGUCGUGCGCGCCUUCGCCGAGCUGGCGCGCAACCUGCAGCGCAUGCGGCCCUGCGUGCGGCCCGCCAUGUGCAAGCCCUACGGCAAGCAGAGCGAGCAGCUGCAGAAGAUUUUGCUGGACACGAUUCAGUUGGUUCAGUCCUUACGAAGCUAUCUGCCGCCUCCACACAUUCAAGUGACGUCGUGGAAAAAUGAUGAUAAACUGCGUUCAAACAACAUGGAGGAACUUGAAAAUCGUAAGAUCGUGAGCGGCAACUAGCCUUCGCAGUUUUAUUUUUCUUCACAUUCAUUUUUGUAGAUCGAAUCGACUUGGGUGUCAGUAAAUUUUUCCUCUUUUUAUUGUCGAUAAAAGAUUCAGCAGGUUGGUUUUUGAGUCUUUAAAAAUGACUUGGAUAAUAUGUUUCGUGCAAUAAGCCAUUUAAAAAUAUUUCCUUUUUAAAUUACAAUGACUGUUGUUGCUUUUAUGUAUGUUAUAAACAAUGAAAGUAUUUUAUCCAAAAGUAUGCAUCGUUUCUAUAUUUUAUAUUUUAAACGAAAAGUUUUUUUUUUUACAAUUGACGUGAUAUUGUAUCUACACGCUGGAAGUGUUGCUAGCGUCAAAUAUAAUUUUAUAGUUUAAUGCAUUUUAAGCACAAAAUUGUAUUUUAAUUUAAGAAAAACAAUGUAUGUUUGUUAGAAUUAAGUACUAUUUUAUUGAUUGCUUUAUUCUUGUUGGUGUUUCUUAUGGAAACUUUUCUUUUGUCUGACCUUUAUUAUUUCAUGUUACGUAUUUUCGUAUGCUACUUAUAGCGCUUUUGAUGUUAUGAUUAUUAUUAUUGUAUGUUUUUUUUUUUUUUUAUAUUUGGCAUAUAUCGAUUUGGCGUUUCUCGCUACUUACUCUUGUAGUCUCGGUUUACUGCUGUAAGUGCAUUAUUUACACUGUGAUAGAGGUGUAAUAGGUUGUAGGUUGAUGGAAAUCUUGACAUGGAUCUAAAGUAUUAUCUAAAUUAAGAAAUUGAAUCACGGGCUUCGAUCAGUGAUCCACAUUGACGUGUCACACAUGCACACGUGCAAGUCGACGUACAAGAAUAUUUGCACACACAUUGCGUACGUGCGUUGAUCUUGUGUAUAUAUUGCGUGUGUGCGUUGAUGUGGGUUAUUGGCUUAUAUCUAAAUUAAAUAGACUUUUCAUUCGUAUGAUAAAACUUGCCCAGUUUUUUUACAAUGGUGUUAUUAUUGAAAUUGGCUUUGACCAUUUGAUUUAGGAUUAAGCAAAUAUAAUGAAAUGUUUUUGGAAUAAAUAGCCAUGUCUUGUCUUGUAAAGUGAUAGAGAGGAUAGUAUCGUUUCGAAGACUGCAAGUUUUUCACAUUAAGCUAUAGAUAGCUACUGAGUGUAGGUAUAGUCGGUAUAGUCGGUACCAUCUGUAGGCAAGGUUGUAUCGAGAACCUUGUACGGCACCGGUGCGUGUCCAGAGUUGAAGUUUUCAUUAGUUUAUAAAACUUAGGCGUAUUUUGACCAUAUUAUUUGUAUUUGGUUACUCGACUCGGUAUUUCAGUUUAUUCAUGUAUUCUUCGAAAUGUUUUAUAUUUUUUUUGUUAAAAAAGAAAUGACAAAAUUGUUACUCUAAAUAUAUUCAUGGACUAUGUUUAUUGUAUAGCUUUAAAUGUUUACAAUUUUUUUUUUUAAAUAUUUGAUUUCAUAUACUUAAAAAACAUGUUUAUAUAUUUUUUUCAUAGGCAUCACUUAAAGUUCGUUAGUGCAAUAAUUAGGCAAAGCCUACAUUAAAUUUUAUAUCUUAGUACUUUAGUUCUAAAUUAUAAAGCGUACACAUACUUAUGACUUUCGAAGGUUCGUAACCAAAGUAUACAUUAUUGAAAUUUAUCUUCAAGUAUAGUGGAAUUAAUUGUUGAAGUACAUAUUAUCAGAAUGGAUAUCUGGACAAAAGCAAAAACAUAUAAAACAAUCGAUUUAGAUGUAAUUUACCCUUAUUAUAGAUUUGAUUUGACCCUGAAUCGAUUUUAUAAGACAAUUGCCAUACCAGUGAAUAAAAAAGUGUAUAGGUUCUUGUUUAAAAUUCAAAUUUAAAUAUUAAUUAAAGCUCACGCCUAAAAUAUACGAAACUAAAAAAAGACUAUUUUUUAAUCAAUAAAAUUAUCAAUAAUAAAAACUUGGGCACGAAUCUUCGACAGCCGUUAACAUUUAUUAUAUAGGCGUAUGAGGUUGUACUCGUGUAAGGGCUACCGGUUAUAGUUAUAUAUGUAUAUAUAAUUUCUUAUAACUGAACUCUCGAAAUCAUCACAUUAAAUCUAUUUACAAUAAGAACAACUCUGUAUAAAUAUUACAAUUUUAUGUAUAUUAAAUAAUGUAAUACUAAGGCAGUUAUAAUAACGCUUAGGUAUUGAUUCGUGGCUGCCUCAUCCAAAUAUGAAACGAGGCUAAACAUUUUCUUCUGAAACUUGUACAAUACGUCUAGUAUUAAGUUCAUUUCCUCGAAGUAUUAUAACGACCGGAUGAAUCUCUCUCUCUGUAUUAGAAUUAAGUUUUCUAGUCAAAAAUUGAUAUCAUAUUCUUAAAAUUUUGGUCUUAUUGGCAAAAUUAAACAAUCGCGAUUAGUAAUUUAUUAUAAAUAUAAAUUUGAACAGUAAACAUAUCAUGCGUCAAAGGAGCCACUGUUUGAGGAGGAAUUACAACGUUUUGAUCUCAAUUCAGCAUCACGCCGGAAUCAUUUCAUUUUUCUUUUUAACACAAUCGAUGCUUCGACUUGCAUGAAAUUUGCAUUUCCAUUGAAGCAUAAGAAAUGUUCAAUAUAAUCAAUUAAUAUUUAAUGUUUGCGUUUCCGUAGUGACAUUUGUACGACGUAAUUUAUGUAAUAAGUCCGUUAUGAAAUAAUCUCGAAUAAAUAAUAGUGCAUUAAUCUGUCUUCUAUUACAUAAUACGUAUAUUAAGUGUGCGACUGAGCCGUGUACCUCCUGGUAAAGUUUAUUAUUAUUUUUUUUAUAAUAUACCUUUCCUUCAACAAUUAAUAAUUUUAUGAUUACAUAAUCCAUUCGAAUAGAACAUGCACAAUGUAUAAAUAAGGAAAAAAUACGCAAAGAGGUUACUUUUAGAAUCUUUUAAAUAUUUUUUUAUUUUACAUAAAGUAUCAGGAUAUCCCAUCGGUUGUAACGUUAAUCUUUUACUUUCUUUAAUAUCCGAUUUCAACGAUUUCUUGUGUGAUGAAUUUUCAGAAACGUUGAACCGUGGAAGUUUUUUUAUAUUAUUUGUACGUUCUAUUGAAAUGGACUAUUCAUGACCUUUUUUGUUUUAUAAGUUUUAUACACGUUAUUUGUAUUGACAUUCACCGUUUCUUGUAUUUUGUUUAGGGAAAAGUGAUUUUGCAUUUUGUAAUCUGGCAACUGGACCCUGUGAUAAUAUAAUUUUUUCGUGGCUUUGUAGUUUAUUUCAUAAUUAAAUGUAUGUUUUUCUUGGUAUUUAAACAAACUUAUUUGUAUUGUAACCGUUUUAGAUGGUGUAAGAUUGGCCUUGCCAUGUAAUGAACUAUUUGCCGAUAUUGUUUAUCUGUAAAAAUAUUA